CCCGGAGUGUCACAAGCAAAGGACACAACAACCCAAGUGCAGCAGAAAGCAAAAAUAACCCUUCCAUGUGUGUCCCAGCGAGGAGGAAGAUGAGAUAAAGCCACUCAGAUGGAGGCGAGUUCCACCAGCCUCAAGAGGCUCAAGUUUGGGAAGCUGAAGGUGGUACGUCGGCGCUUGUUACAGAGGUAUGAGCACCAGCCCUUCAUCUCCUGCCUGGCUGGUUUUUACAGCUGCCGAUGGAAGCGGUACCAGCGCAGAAGGACCGAGCCUGGGAAAUGCUGCUGCAAGACGCGGGAAUGUGUGUUUUUCCCAUUGCUUGUUGGAGCUUUCUGCUUUUCUCUGGUCUUUCUGUACAUGUGGGGUGAAGCAAAAAAUGACUACAAUAACUUUGACUGGUAUAACUAUGGGAACCUGGGCUUCUGGUUUCUCUGGUCUCUUGUUCUCCUGAUUGUGGCUGCAAUCUUGUUCAUGUACAUCACAAUCUUAUUGGUCCUAGCGAUGUGCUUGCUUGCAGAAGGUCAGCAGCUGUACCUACACUGGAGUCACAAGAUUGGGACUUUUCUUGUCCUUGGCUUCUCUAUCACAGCCCUCUUCAUAUUAUCGGUACUCUGGGGAGAUCAGUGGAAUACUGUCCGCCUGUCAUUCCAGAUCACAGCUCCCUAUCUCCACAUAGGAGCAAUAACCAUCAUGGUCCUCCUCUCCUGGCCCGUGGCUCUUCAUACCAUCAGAGCAGAUAAGAAAGUUGUUCAGGUGAUAAUUGUUGGUCCAUACCUGGCUAUCCUUCUCUUUCUUUUCUUGAUACCUCUGGGGAUGUACUCUCCCUGCAUCAGAGAGAUGGGGACACUUGGACCAAAGCCAGCCCUCAUUGGACACCGUGGAGCACCAAUGCUGGCACCAGAAAAUACUGAGAUGUCAUUUCAGAAAACAAUUGAACAUGGUGGGGAUGGUCUUGAAACAGAUGUCACCAUUAGCUAUGAUGGGGUUCCUUUCCUCAUGCAUGACAGCACCUUGAGGAGGACAACUAACAUCAAGGAGGUCUAUCCCAAUCACACUGCUCAAAAUGCGGCAUUGUUCUCCUGGGAUACCCUGCAGGAGUUGAAUGCUGGAAUGUGGUUCCUUAAGGACAAACCAUUUUCAUGCAUGGGCUCACUGUCAAGGGCAGAUCAAAACCAGGCAAUGAAUCAGUCAAUUUACAAGCUAAGUAAUUUCUUGCGCCUUGCGGACAGUCAGAAUAAACUUGUGAUAUUUGAUCUCUACCGCCCUCCAGAGAAACAUCCUUACAGGAACUCAUGGAUCAACAGAACCCUGGAAGUCAUCCUCAAUGAGUCAGGAAUUAGACCCAAUCUGGUCCUGUGGCUGGAGAAUGACAUGAGAUCCUUUGUUCAAUCUGUUGCUCCUGGGUUUCAGCAGACAAUUGGCAGUAAGGCCCCAGUUGAAGACCUAUUGAUGGACAAUAUUGUCAAACUCAAUCUGGCCUACACUGAGAUGUCCAGUGAAGAUAUCCGGAAAUACGCUGAGGCAAACAUCACCACCAACCUCUACGUGGUCAAUGAGCCAUGGCUUUUCUCCCUGGCAUGGUGCUCUGGGGCACACUCUGUGACCACCAAUGCCGUCCACACACUGAAGAAUCUCAGCCAGCCACUCUUCCUCAUGACUCCGCAGCAGUACAACAUCAUGUGGAUCCUGACAGAUCUGACCUCUGCGCUCUUCAUCUCACUCAUCUUUGCUCUGCACUGGUAACUACCAAGUUGCUCAUGGCCAUCCUAACCUGAUCUUUUGUGCCAGGUGGAGGGAACAAGGGAUGCUUUCAGGUGAUCUGGAGGAUUAAAACUACUCUUGAGAACAUUACAUUUCCCUUCAGGAGCUAGAAGAAAGCCCUGAAUGUCUCCAAAAACCUCUCUGCUUCUCCUGCUUGUUCUCAUUUUCCCUUUCCAUUUUGGCAGCUCAGGCAACAUCUACCCUCAGGAUUCAGUGGAAACCUGGUGGAUUUACAGUAACAACAUAAACCAGUUAUCAAAGCUCAUGGACUGAGAAAGGAACUGAUUUUUUUACUAUUACUAUUUAGACACUGUUGCAUUGGACUAACUUAGGAAGAAAGCUCUCAAUAUUAAUAUUUGAGCAUCCUGUGACUCUGCGUAUGCCAGAGCCCCCGAGGAAACCCAUCCUCCAAGAUGAAAAUGUCUGAGUAUGUCACAAACACCACAUUUUGUUUCCUCCCAUAAUUGGGAAAUCUGGUGUUCAUGGGACAGACACACUCCUGGAUGCUCUGCUCUGCCAUGGUUGGAUGAAGAACUUAUCUGUGCUCUUAUCCCAGUGGUGCCCAAGGAAAGCAGGAGGUGUUGGGCACAGCUCUUCAGCUGGCCAGCGAUGGAUGGGUGGAAAGACCAGACUAGCCAUCCCAGGGGGGUUUUCUGCAGGAGUGCUGGCAGCACAACUGUGUUGCAGGUGACAGCAAGGGGGAAGUUCAGGAAGCUCCUGGGUGAGCAGUCUGUAUUGCUUGUAACCAUGACUUGCUUUGGCAUAAGAAAGAGUGACAUCUCUAAUUUUGCUCUGGGAUGGUGGAGAAAUGAAUUAGCAGUACAGCCAGGUGAUGGACUAGCAGCUGUACAGGCACGUUUGCUGGGCAUGCAGGCUUUCCCCUUACCAAAGCAAAGUGGCUCCUUCCCUUCCUUCCCCCUCUCACCCUGCCCUGCUCUCCUCAGGUCCUGCUUUAGCAGUUGCAGAGUGGUUCACAGUCACCCCUGCAAAGCAUCACCACCACCGUCAGACCUUCCCAUGCCCUUCUCCUUCAGGCUCAUGUUCACAUUGUGUGUGCAUUUCCCAGGGCCCUGAAGAUGCUUCUGAUCCAGCCAAAUGACAACCUCUUCUGGGUUGGCAUUGCAGCAGGGACAUUCCCAGCCUUGCUGGGAGCAAAGGGCCAUCAGCAGUGCCUCAGAGCCCUGCAUAGUCUUGUUUGUCAGGUUUAUGAAUGCACCAAAAUCACAAUUUUUAAAUUUUCCUGGCUGCCUAAGAACCAGAGACAGCAACCAUUUCUGGGGCUUUUGAGCUCAAAUAUUUCUUAGAAAACAGGGCUUAGUUACAAAGUUGCCUUCAAAAUGUUGUUGCACGUGUGAAGUGUGGAUGCUUAGACAUCAGCCAUGCGCUGGAGUCCCUUCUUGGUAAAGACCUGAGCAUAUCCCAAAAUACCAGGACAGUUCCCGUCCUGACAAAGUACAAAAAAGCUGUCUAGAGCACCAGGGCACUGUGAGGAGCAAGUGUUGGC